AUGGAGACACCUCUUAUCCUAAGUGAUCCUAUCGAGAAAGAGAAUAAUGAAUGGCCUACCCCUGCACGUGCAGUCAUUCGAUCCCUACAGCGCCAGGGAAAGUCGCAACGCGAGAUUGUCUCAGAGACCCAUAUCCCUCGAAGAACAGUACGCCGCAUUCUUAAGCAGGAAUCUAGUCGGAGAGAGCGCAAAAGAAAGCUCUCUAGACACCAUCUCAUGUCUAUACGCGACAUACGUUAUUGCAUUCGAACCAUUUCCAAAAACUGGAGCUCUAGGCGCAUGACUUUUAAGGCUCUCAAAAAGCAACUACCCUACCUACCCUCGGUGCGCACCAUUCGUCGAGAAUUAGCCCGGGCUGGCUACCGCCGCUGCAUUGCAUGCCCUCGACCAUAUAUUACCCUCAAACAAGCUAGGAAGAGAUAUGUAUUUGCCAAGGAGCAUAGAUGGUAGGGGACAUUAGACUAUAUAGCUUAUAGAGAUGAUGGCAAGCAAGGAGGGGACUGGAGGAAGGUUGUAUAGUCUGAUGAGGCUAUAUUUGAGACUAGGAAGAAUGGCAGGAUAUAUGUGACUAGGAGGGUAGAUGAGAGGAGGUGCCCUGACUGCAUUAAGUCAGUCUAUAGGUC